AUGGGAAGUGACUUGAUUGAAGAUGGGAGCAAAGCUGCAGCUGUGGACAAGCUAUUGGCUGGGGAUGAAAUUGUUGGCAUCAAUGAUGUGGGCCUCUCCGGCUUCCGACAAGAAGCGAUCUGUCUGGUGAAAGGUUCACACAAGACACUGAAGCUUGUGGUGAAAAGAAAUGACCUAGCCUGCAGGCCUCACUCUUGGCAUGCUACCAAAUUCACAGAAAGUCAACCUGAGACAACCACGUCACACUUUGCCUCGUCCAAUGCCUGCGUCUCCUGGCACUCGCGUUAUCAUGCAAGUUGUUCUUCUCAUGACCUGUCAAACUCAUGGGAUCAGUCAAGUCUACAUCGCACUUCUGACCAAUUCAGCUCUUUGGGAAGUAUGGACAGCUGGGACCACACUCCACAAGUUGCCCAGUAUGGAAGACUUUCUUCUGCAAGGUCUAAUAGUAGCAUUGAUCAUCUAGGGAGCCAAAGUAAGCGUGAUUCAGCCUAUGGGUCUUUCUCCACAAGCUCUAGCACCCCUGACCACACUCUAUCCAAUGCAGACACUUCUUCGACAGAAAAUAUGCUAUACAAAGUAGGCCACUGGGAAACUACUAAGCAUGGAAAUAAGUCUGGCCAGUUCUUGAAUGACAAUAGUGGAAUCGAGGACAAACCUGGGUACUUGCCAGCUCCUAUCCAAUAUGAGAACAAGAGUCCUAGAAUAGAGGAACACUCUGAUGGCAAGCUCACUAGCUCUGGACGAUCCAGCUUUGGACCUGUUUGGUAUGUUCCUGAUAAGAAGAAGUCUUCAUCUCCUCCUCCUCCCCCUCCACCACUUCGUAGUGACAGCUUUGCUGCUACCAAAGGCCAUGAGAAAGCCCACGGCCCUGCGUACUCAGAGGGUGCCAGCACGCAGCACUUUACAGCCCUGACCCGCUCUCAGCCCAGGAGCGACUGGAACUUGGAAACCUUGGAACAGCAGCGACGGCCCUCCAGAGCAUGUGACAGGAGGGUCAGCAGCUCAAGUUACAAAUCUGAUCUCAAUUCGGAACACACUUUUUCUUCAACUGGUGAAAGGUACAAUAGCAGUGCAGGAACUGUGAACAAACUGCAGUCAUCCUUUUCCAGCACUGAUGUUCGGUUUGCACAGCCAACUUACAGUUACCACCACCUGCACCAGUACAGUGAUGAAAGCACUUUUUUUCACAAUGCAAGAAUCUUAACUGUGCCUAAAGAUCAGCAACAUUAUCUGUCUUACAGUGGCGUUCAGGAGUUACCUACAGGUCAUUUUCAUGGCUACAGUCCAAACCUAGCUGGUCUGCCCAACACUUCCUCUUCUUCAAACAGUGCUGCUGAACAGAAGGUGGACAACACUGGACAGAGUCGCUAUUACUGCGUGACAGCAAAACAGCCUGCUCAGGGAAGCUCAAAGCCACUACAACUCAAGGACGACAGCUGGAAGACUGCAGUGGGGACUGAUGCAUCACUUGGACCUCACAAAAAUCCUGCGGUUGUCACAAUGGUCCAAAAACCAAAAUACUAUCUACCUCAACAAUCUGUUGAAUCUUCACUGAAAGGGUGUGAGAACAGUAGUCAUUACCCAUUGGAAAGAGAGGGGGAUGCUAGGUUUGCUGUAGUAGAAGAAGCUAAGAAACACAAUCAUUCUGAAAAGCCUGGACAAAAGAAAAAUUUUGAGAGCAGCUCUGAGGAAAGUGAAACUAGGUAUGGUCAUCAGGAGUAUGCAAAGGGCUGUCUCCUUACCGCUGAAAAUAGAUCUGUUCAGAAAGAUUUUAGGUGGGGGAAAGAGGAGAGGAGCAAGAUUUCUCCUCAGAAGACCCCAAUGUUGCAUUCUUUAGCUCAGGAAGGAAAAAAACAGUCUGAAGCAGUACCAGAGCGACAGGCCCCAUUUGACACCCACUUGUCUAAACAAGCACGAAGAAGCGAUCGUUUUGCAACAACCCUAAGAAAUGAGAUCCAAAUGAGAAAAGCGAAGCUGCAGAAAAGUAGAAGCACUGCUACAUUAGUAGGGUCAUCUGAAACAGAAGAGUGCAAUGAGACUUGGAAGCCAGAUUCAGCAGAAAAUGCCACCACCUCCUUAGACACUAACUUUACCAGCACCUACAAAGAUCAUCUCAAGGAAGCACAGGCUAGAGUUUUGAGAGCAACGUCCUUCAAACGGCGAGACUUGGAGCCCAGCCCCACUGAAUAUCUCCCCAGGUCACCCGAGCAGAAAACUGGUAGUUACAACUCUUCGUUAUUGGCUUUGGUUUCUGAAGAUGCGCCUGGAUUCCUUGAGGCUACACAAGUUAAACCGAACCCCACAGGGAGUGGCACUCAUCACGUUCCUCGCAUUGGAGCCAGGAAGAGGUUCACAACAGAGCAAAAACUGAAGUCUUACUCUGAACCGGAGAAGAUGAAUGAGGUGGGGAUGUCAGAGGAUGAAUGCCAUGCUCAUUGCUAUCCAAAUGCAUCAGAAGAAGCACUGGGCACAUUUGCAGACAGGUGGAAAUUUUUUGAAGAAACAAGUAAGCCUGCAUAUAGGAAAUUGGCACAGAAACCAGCUCCCCACAGCCUAGCUGAGGAACAGCCUGAGAGACCAGACAGGAAAACUCACUAUGGACAAGAGGAAGACGAGUCAUGGUAUGAGAGAAGAGAUUGGGCAGGCUCUGUUGGACUUGAAGCUGCCCAUGUUUCAAAAGGUAACAUCCACCACAGUAGCAGCAGUAAGGCUGCUGAUAGGAUUGUGAAAUCUGAACAGCCGCAGCGCCUGGGAACCUUUGCGGAGUAUCAGGCGUCGUGGAAGGAGCAGAGGAAGCUGAUAGAGCCAAGGAGCUCAGGAAGGUACCAUUCAGCUGAUAAUAUCCUUGAUGCAGGCCAUGAACAACAUGAAAAAACUCAGUACACCCAUGAGAGAUCUAGAUCAUCCCCUUCAACUGAUUUCUACAAACAGGAAGUCUCAGUUGAAGUAAGGAGGCAAGCAGAAGAUUUAAAGGAAGAUGGGGAGCGUAUCUUCUCUAAAGUUAACGAUCGGGAUGAAAGGAACUGCACUGUAAGGCAAGGUGACACAGGGGUCCUGAGGGAAAACCCACAGGAGAAGAGGGAUCAGCUGGACCAGAAUUUAGGCCACAAGUGGAAGGCAUCUGUCAGACCUUUGCAUGCACGAGAGCUUACAGUUCUGCCUCACGAGAGCCGGGGGAGGUCUGGGACGUUGCCUAGUGAUUACCGAUACUCUCAGGAAAAUGUGAGCGAGAAGAGCAAGGAUCACAGCCUGCCUCAUCUCCCCUGCUCUGAGCCACAGACCUCAAACGAGAGCCACUCCUGUCUGUCCCGGGGAAAAGGAGAGGAAAACCAUAAGGUAGAGCCAGCGCUGGUGAACAAGAAGCGUGGACCUGCUCCUCAGAGGCCACCGCCACCUAAAAGAGAUAAAUACAGGCGACCAGAUAAUUCUGCACCAUCACUCGGCUCCUCUUCUGAAUCCCUGCUGGUAGCGCCCAGCCGACCCUUCCCAUCCUCAUCCCCCAGCUCUGCCGAAGUGUUUGCCGGUCACUCCGCUCUCUGUCAGAGUCCUGCAGCUUUCAAUGGAAAACUGAAGAGUGCUAAUCCACAGCAGCUCCAGCAAACAUCAUCCACGGAGAAUGUUUGUCAGCACUUAGAAGAAAAAACGCACCUUAGGUCUGAGCCUGUAUUAUCUUCCAAGUAUCGGUAUCUUCAGAAGCCUGGCAUGGAGACAUCAAGGUCCCCCUCUCCUCAGUUUGCACCGCAGAAGCUCACUGAUAAACCUCCUGUGUCUGUACAGGAUGAGAACCCAGCCAGAAUUGAAAGGGUUAUAGACAACAAUACUACGGUGAAAAUGGUUCCCAUCAAGAUAGUUCAUUCUGAGAGCAGUGCAGAGAAGGAGAGUCGGCAAAGUCUUGUCAGUACUAUGGAGCCUCCUGCUUUACCCAGUGGUUUGGAAAAGGACCAGAUCAAAACACUCAGCACUUCUGAGCAGUCCUAUUCACGAUUCUGUGCUUACACCAGGCAAGGUGUAGAGCCAGAGCCAGAAGCCAGAACCAAACCAGCUGGCCCUCAAGCUGCUGAAGAACCUGUAAGCAACUUAAAGGACAGCAGUGCUGCUGCACCAGCAGUCAGCUAUGUAAAGGCCAAAGAGAAGACCUUUGAAGACUGGAAGUCAGAGGAGCUUGCCAGAGAGAUUGUGGGAAGAGAUAAAUCUCUAGCAGACAUACUAGAUCCUAACGUGAAAAUAAAAACAACGAUGGAUCUGAUGGUUGGAAUAUUCCCUAAAGAUGAACACCUCCUAGAAGAAGCUCAGCAGCGCAGAAAGCUUCUUCCAAAAGUUCCUUCUCCAAAAAUUUCAGAGGAGAAGAAAGAGGAGCAGAGCACGCCGUCUGCCAUCUCCUUGACAACAAAUUCUACUUACUACAGCACAUCUGCACCGAAGGCAGAACUGCUGAUUAAAAUGAAGGACAUGCAGCAGCAACAGCAAGAGCAGCAGAGCAAGGAUGAUUCGGAAGACGAGCUGGAUCAUGACUUGUCAGAAAAGAAGCAAGAACUUAUUGACAGUAUUAGUAGGAAGCUGCAGGUGCUGAGAGAAGCACGAGAAACACUUCUGGAAGACAUCCAAGCAAACAAUAUAUUGGGGGAGGAGGUAGAGGCCAUUGUGAAAGAAGUCUGCAAACCAAAUGAGUUUGACAAAUUCAAGAUGUUUAUCGGCGACCUUGACAAAGUGGUCAACCUCCUACUGUCACUAUCAGGUCGUCUGGCCCGGGUGGAAAAUGCCCUUAAUAACCUGGAUGAAAAUACCUCUCCAGAAGAACGGCGGACAUUGGUAGAGAAGCAGAAGCUUCUGACCCAGCAACAUGAAGAUGCAAAAGAACUGAAGGAAAACCUGGAUCGUCGAGAGCGCAUUGUCUUUGACAUUUUGGCAAACUACCUGAGUGAGGAGAACUUAGCAGACUAUGAGCACUUUGUAAAAAUGAAGUCAGCCCUCAUCAUUGAGCAACGAGAGCUUGAGGACAAGAUCAAGCUAGGGGAAGAGCAACUGAAGUGUCUGACUGAUAGCCUCCAACCUGAACGACUCAAAUAAGAGGAUGACUUUGACCGAGGAUGUGAAAAAUGGGAAAGGAGGAAAGGAUGGAGGAGUUGCCAAGCGUACAAACAAGUAUCUUGGCUUGUCUGAGUGCCCAGUAGACAAACAAGUGCACAAGAAAAAAAUAGCUCUCAAAACAGCAAUAAUGCUCUCUUUCAUUUUUUUGGGAUUAUGUAUUUAAAUUUUUUAGAACACAUUUCUAUUGCUGGACAUUACAGCUGUUUCUCAUUGCUUAACUUACAGACAGCUCCACAGAAAAGGAUAGACUCUUACUUAACCUUUCUACUGAGUAAGCUGAAAGUCUGUGGCAGUUGUGCAUGCAAACAACAUUUUUUAGAAUAGGUUGUAUACUUUCUUUAGGUUCAGAUGCUGUACAGACUGCUGGGAAACCCAACAGCAAUUCAUGAACACACACAAAUUUAGAAGCUCUAAAUUUAGUGGCUUUUUAGGGUUUUUUUGAAGACACAUUAAAUAGGGGAAGCGUGCAUCUUAUAGCUAAUAUAUUCAGAUUGCUGAAAUGUAGUGUCACUGAUCCUGUGGC